AUAAAAAUUAAAAACUUCCACCUCCAAAACACACACCUUACAACAAUAUCGAGCUACGCUAUGAUGGAAUUCUUUAAGAGUUAUCCUGUUUAUCCAAAUGACCAAACGAAGCCUGUGUUUUCUUUCACCCAUACAAGCCAUGGAGAAAUGUGGAACAAGAACAUUGAAGAAUUCACUGGAACUUGCAGAUCUUCAUCGGAUAGAAGAUUAAGUUUAUCUCCCAGAGACAUUGCUGACCGCAAGCCAAGCACGAAGAAGACGUCUUUCAUGAUCAGUGAUAUUCUGUGCACGGAAAACAAAGACGUAGAAAACGAUCAUCAUUCAUCAUACUCAGAACCUGCGACGAGAAGAGACUUGGAUAAAGACAUACGUUCAUCAAUAUCACCAAUAUCAGAAGGCUGUCCCUCACCAGACUUCCUGCAGAGAUAUCCGGGUCACGAAAUGAUGUCUAAAAUAAAGAAACCCAGGAAAGCCAGAACAGCUUUCUCAGACCACCAACUCAAUAGCUUAGAGAAGCAAUUUGCCAGACAGAAGUACCUCAGUGUUCAGGACAGAAUGGAGCUGGCUACAACGCUAGGGCUGUCUGACACCCAGGUCAAGACGUGGUACCAAAACAGAAGAACUAAAUGGAAAAGACAGACCUCAGUUAGUUUAGAAUUACUUGCUGAAGCGAACCUGGCAAAUGCUCACAGAGUGAUGGGACCAUAUUUUAGUGCAUAUCCAGACCAUACCUCAACAUUAAGUGAAUUAUACCACAGGCAGACACCCAGCCUUAUUGUACCCAGGACACUACUUCCUUCUAUGUACAGCUAUUAAGUUGGAAUGAAAAGCCAUGUUAUAUAUGUAAAAAUUUAUAUAUUUAUAGAAAUAAAAUUAUGCUUUA